AUGCAUGCUGAAGUGAAGAAUGAGCAGCGAAGAGUUGCAGAGGAACCUUAUAUAGCAAAGGUUCUUGAGGAUGAGCAAGGGGUAGAGACCAAAUUGGUUGAAGCACAUAGUCUUUAUCCUGAUGAUGGAGUUGUUGAGCAUAUUGGACAAGAAGAAGCAAUGGUACAAGGGUCACAUGCACUCGAGAAGCCUAUUGACAGGCAUGAUACAGAGCUAGUUGUUGCUGAUCAUUAUGUUGCUAUAGAGUUGUCUCCGCGACCUAACAGGGUCUAUGCUCAACUUACUCCAAACUUUUACAAUGGGACGUGUCCCCAGGCAUUGCCUAUAGUCAAAGCCGCGAUAAAGCAAGCGCUGGAUCAUAGAGAUUAUGUUUACAUGGUGUUCGUUUUGGAUUUGAAUGUGGCUUUCAGGUUGGGAGUUCCAAGCUGGACUAUAAUGCUUGGAAGGCGAGAUUCGAGGAGUGCUAGUCUGAGUGAUGCAAACAACAACCUUCCAGGGCCCACUUCGAGCCUUACCUCUCUAAUCUCAGCAUUCCAAGCUCAAAGACUUUCUGCUCAGGAUAUGGUUGCUCUUUCAGGAGCUCAUACCAUCGGUCAAGAAUCUACUAUGAAUCCAACAGAGACAACGGAUUUGCAGCUUCUUUGCAAAACAUUUGUCCCGUCAACAGUGGUGCUGGUGACAACAUACAACACUGAUCAGGAAGCAUUUUUCACAGAUUUUGCGGCUGCAAUGGUGAGGAUGGGAAACAUCAAACCUCUUACUGGAACGCAAGGAGAGAUUCGAACGAACUGUAGAAGAAUCAAUUGA